AAUCCUCCACUUCCCAGUCAACUCUCUCCAGCUGGACUCGAAUCUCUACCUACCUACCUAGACUCGUCGCCGUGCUGAGGUGGCAUGCAAACCUGAGUUAUGCAUCCGACCGCCGGUGCGUGAUUGGCGAUUCUUCGUUGCGGUACCAUCUGGUUCGGUCUGGCUGUGUUCCCACUGCGCCCCAUCAUCUCUUCGACUGCUCUUUACCCCGGAUCCGAUCCCGUCAGUUCCGCUACUAGCAUCCUAUCAUCACGACGAUCAGCCCCCGGUCCAGGACCUUGCUCCGAAGCACCCUGAAAUCCAACCGCACCCGGGCAGCUCGAGUGUCGUUCUGUUUGGUGUCUGUCCCGAGCCCCUCAGUCAUCAUGGGCAGUUAUUACGCUAUAUCCUCCGACACCAAUAUGGCCGGUUCCAGCUUGUAUCUCGGAAAUAGAGCCGAUUCCGAUCUGGGUACUCUAUCAGAUGAGGACGAAGAGUUCGUGUCCAGUGCCAGCACGACUUCUCAUGGGUCCGAGGAGCGGCAAGAGAAGCGAUCUGAGGAGACAAUCAAGGCAGAGGAUAUCCCGGCUGCUCCCAAUGGCAUUCUCAAAACUGUGGACUCGAGAAAUCAGGGCGGUCAUUCUGGGAGUGGCAUGAUGCCCCAUGUGACAAAGGCGCCUCUCAAGCUGCUGGAUCUGCCUAUGGAUAUAUUACAAGAGAUCAUUAAAGAGGUAACGCAUACGAAUGACCUGACGUCUCUAGCCCUGACCUGCUCCGCCCUCCAUGCCUUGGCAAUUCCCCAGAUGUAUUCGCGAUUUGAUAUUGUUUGGCCCGAGACUCUAUCGUCCUCGGACCACCCAGCUGGUGUGGACGCUCUCUCCUACGGACUUGCCACGCUGGUUAUGGGGGAAGACAUCUUUCAAGAGCUACCUCCCAGAUGGGCGCACCCGUGUCCUCAUUGCGGUUGCAGGAACCCCGCCCCCCGCGACGAGUCGGAUAAACUGAUGAGAGUACGUCGCGGCAACUACUACGCACAGUAUACUCGCAAGUUCUCGGUCGGGAACGGUCCCCUGGCGUGGGUCCAAGAGUACUCUGUGACGAAAGAGACGGGCAAAAUGCUGGGAACACUGGUUGCUCUGGCGGUAGCUCGGAUGGUGAAUCUGGAGACGUUCGUUUGGGACAUGCCGACAGGGGUCUUAAGAGAUGUGUGGAUUGCACUUUCGUCGCUAGCUAAUCGGCCCGGUCAUGAAUGCCGCCUGGAGCGCGUUUGGGUCCGUUGGCACGACAACUCUGAGAAUACCAUGCGUCCGUUGGCCGGGCCUCCUACCGCAUCUUCCGUGACGCUUCCGGAGACGCAAGCUGCAUUGGCUGGCGCUACCAGUCCCUCACUGUCACAGAGAUAUGGGCAUGUAGAAUACCCCUCUCUGUCGAUACUUCCACCACUCAAGAGCCUGAGUGUUCUUGACAUAGAUGAACCCUCGUAUCUCGAAGAAAUGGCCGUGCUUAUUGAGCGGUCCCGACACCGACUGAAAGAACUUCGUAUUGGGAUUUCUAACAAGGUCUACCAAGCGACCUGGCUGAAGCCAGCUGGCAGCUGGCAGUUUGAGCAGUCUCGAGCCAAUUGGCCUCCAGGAUGGCCUAAAUCCGGUGGCGUACUUGGGGCUGUACUAGGCAGUUCCGAGGAGCUCACGGGCCCCGAACCGGCUCAGGGGGAGGCGUCCUCUAAGCAAGAGCCACCUGGAAGUCAGCCGGAGAUUAGCCAGGGUUUGCAGGCUCAUCCUGGCGCCACUGGCGCCUCUCCGGGGACCUCGCCCCUACCGGCCGACGUCGCUGCCAUUACGGCGGACCUGCAAACGACGCAGAUAUCGAAUCAGCCAGAGGAGCCUCCGUCUGCCGUCGGGGCCAAAACGUCCCGAGUGGUGCCAAACACUUCUACGGAAGUGUCCUUUGCCGUGUCCGGUGCUGACCAUCAGCUGAAGAUUGAGACUCUAGAGCUAGAGCGCGUCAUCCUGUCCAUUCCGGUGGUGUUGCACGCGCUCGACUGGACACGGCUGACCACACUGACGAUCUUCCGUUGCGAUGGCCACGAGAAGCUCUGGCGAGCACUUCGCCGGCAAUUCUCGCCGUCAACAGCUUCACGCUCGAAGCAUGGGAAACGCGACGGAAGCGAUCAGAGUGGCUCUGAGUAUCGGUUGAAGCUCAAGCAUAUCCAUACGGAUGCAGUGUCCCCUUAUCUGUUGCUGUUUAUCAAAGAUACUCUUGCGCCCAACACCUUGGAAACGCUGUUUCUGCAUGAGGCGCCGAUGUACGAUUCAAUUGUACACAUUGACGCGAUCUACAAGAACGCGAUUCGACCCCACCAUUCUAGCCUACAGAAGAUCCUGGUGGACAGCACCCAGCGGGCGCCCGGGGGAAGCGAGAUGCCCAGUGUCCGAUGGUACAAAUGGAUGUUCACACGCCAGAUGAUCACUUUUCUUAGCAGUGGACGCAUGCCCCGGCUGCGGGAGCUUUCAGUGGCUCUCCACUCGAAGGACUGGCACUACUUCCUACAACGGCUUCCGUAUAUGGCUCAGCUCCGCUCGCUCCAUGUGCCACACAUUGCUCGACAAGUGCACCGGGACCCGAAGGAGCUGGCUCUGAUGAUUCUGGAUAUCGUGACCAUCCGCCCGGAGGUAGGCAUUACGUAUGUGGGCGUGCAGAACAAAUGCUAUGAGAUCCUGGAGGCGAAGGACGGGGACGCGGCGGAAAUCUAUGACACGGACGACAAUCAUAGCGAAGGGUUCGUGCCGGGGGGCGAGGAGUGGGCGGGGUCCGACACCAACGAGGACGAGUCCGAGGACGAUGGCGCGGUCAGCGCGAUGGAUUCGCACUCUGAUCUGUCGUCGGACGACCGAGGAUCGUCAGAUGGGGAGGACUCGGACAUGGACUGCCACAAGUCUCGGGUGUCAUUCCGGCUGCGGGAGAUUUUGUUCUACGAUGACAAGAUCGCGAUCUUCAAGGCGCGGCACGGGGUUCUGUAACUUUCGGACGUGGGCGUUUGUGAUAUGUUCGGCAUUCUACGAGAUACCAUGAAGCGAUUUCUGUAAGCGUUGAUAGGCUAGGAUAUGGUAUUGGCUAGAUUGAAUGAAGCGUAGAGUAGCAGUAUAUCUACCAUAGGAGGGAGGAGCGGUCACGUGCCGGGCGGUCAGCCAAGCUCAGCCAAGCUCAGCCUCUGAGCCGCCAUCGCCAAACGACCUCCUCUCGAGAAACUGUCUGAGCCGGCUGUGUCGACUCGCCCACGUAUCUGUCGUUUUCUCUUCGCG